ACCAAUACAGUAUAUAUUUCAAAUUUUCGAGUAUAGAUUUCGGCAAAAUGAAUACUUCGAUAACUAUCAUAAAUAUAGUUGUGAUUUUUAUUGUUACUAUUGGCGUAAUUGAAUCCAAAAUUUGUCCGCAUGGAAAAGCAGGAGAAGAAAUCGAUUGGGCAAAGCUUGCAAAGAAAAAGAAGACCUUUUACGACGUCCUUGAUAUACCGACACCAACAACUCCUUUUGACUGUUACAACUGGAAGAAUAUUCGAGUGACGAAUGAUGGCUUCAUUUCUGAAGUGCAUAAAUAUAUAGAAGGAAUGCCAGGUGAAUCAACGAUGAAUGCUCGCUACGUUUAUACUGGAAAUGGUACAUAUAGUUUAAGUUCGAAAAAUGACUUCUCAUUUCUGAAAAAAGGCCAAUCUGCUACCAACACCAUAAUGCCAUCGUCUGACGAGCAAUUCCAAUACUUUUUGAAUCAGAUGCUUCAAUUGAAGUUCUAUUUCUUUACUGAUUAUGAAACUUACUUGGCCGCAGCAGCUUGCAUCCCUGGAUCCGUAUUUGGAUGGGUCAAAUUUACCAAACAAAAUCCUGGAGGCAAAAUCAUUGCAAAAGUUUGGGACAAAUUUUCGGAGUAUGGUGAAUUGCCGAAAAUCACCUGGAAGACUAAAUGUGUCAGACGCAAGUAUCGACAGAAGAGAAAUUAGCAACAAUAAUAUAUUUUUUCUUGUUAGUGAUAAAAAUAUAUAUAUAUAAACGAUUGAAUAAAAACAACUGAUUUUUUUUAAUUUCGACAAUGACUUUCCUAUAUUAAAACCGAAAUUGUCAUAUUUCUCAUGAUUAUAUUAUAUUAUUAAUAUUAAAAAUGAUAUAUACAUAUAUAUUAUUCAAACACAUAAUAAAAAUAACACCAAGUUUGUUCAGAGACCUUGAGUCAAUCGGAAAUCGGAAUGUAUUCCGGAGCGACAGUUUAAUUGGUCAUGGAUAUACAUUGGACUUUCCUAUGUUAAAACCUAAAUUGUCACCUUUCUCGUGAUUGUAGUAUUUUAAUAAUAUUAUAUACGCUAA